AUGAAUUGUCGGAAAUUCGACCUAACGUUAAUAGGAGCUAACGAUCUAGAAGUGGUCCGAAAAGUGUUCAAGAUGAAAGUAUAUGCGCGUAUUUCAAUAGGGUCGUCGAAUUCGGAGACUGAGAAAUGGACGCCACCGGACAAGCACGGAGAGGAAAAUCCGGCUUGGAACUACACAAUGAAUUACACGAUCGCAGAGACCAUGGUUCGUCACUACGGGACCAUGUUGGUCAUAAAACUUUACUGCCGGAGAAAACUUGGGGAUAGGUACGUGGGUGAGGUUCAUGCAGAUAUGAGGGAUCUGUAUGAGCACGCGCAGCUGUACGGUGGUAGCGCCGCCAUGUGUUAUCCGGUGAAGAAAGGGUCGGUGAGUUCCAAAGGAGAGUUGAGGUUUUCGUGUAGGUUUGGUGAAUGUGUUAGUAUUGACAAUAUGCUUUUAGCUCAAGGUAUUGUUGAUUGGGCUAAGUCUAUGUAA